GAAAGGGAAAGAAAGAGAUGGAGGAGAGAGAGGCGAGAAGUGUGUGAGGGAUAGAAAGUGGAAAUCAACAAGCGAGAGAAGAAGUGGGUGUAAAAUCUAGUGUUAGGCGAUACAGUGCUGUGUCUUCAGCUGGUCAGUGGACUCACCGGGGGGAUUAUGUCCAAACCUUCGUCCAACGUUAAGGCCCUUCAGGCUAAUUUGAACAUCCCGAUGGGAGCUCUGCGUCCAGGGGCGGGACAUCCUGUGAAGAGGAGAGAGGAGACAGCAGACACAGAAGAGGCUCAUACACCAGACCAGCCCAGCGCCGCCGCCCAGACGCCGGAGGAGAAGAAAGCGAUGCCGGGUGCCGUGAAGCUACCUGGGCCUGCUGUUAACCUAUCAGAGCUGCAAAACGUCAAGAGUGAACUACGAUGGGUCACCAAGGAUUAACAUGACGCUCCAGCCAGGCGGAGACGACGGCAGAUUAUCUUCAUAGACACCAGACUUGCUCACUGCCGCUGAAGACUGGAGCAAGAUCGGAAACAAUAACUGCCCUCUGAAGCUUUCAUUAGCUCUCCUCCAAUCAGUAAUCUAACAAUAAAACCGGUUUAUCUGGCCAUGUGAGCUGAUGCUGUGUUGUCACUGAAUCCACAUUUUUAAAUUUGUACAGAGAGAGAGAUGUUCUGACUCCCUUCACCUGGACCUUUAGAACUAAGAUGUGUUCAUACGUAAUCAUUUUGGACUUUAGCUAAACGCUUUAGGAGGACGACUGCUGACAAUCAAUCGAAAUUCAAAGGAGUCCACGUGCGACUCCUCCUCUAACUCUGUGGUGACCAACUUGAAGACACUUCAGCCAUUCAGCACUGAUUUAUACUGAUGCUUUCUAAUAAAUGGUUCCUUUCUAAAUGUUGUUUGGGGUUUAGGAUCACUUGUACUGCUUGUUUGAGACGGGAGGGUUGGGAUUACAAUGUGUUUGUUGUUUACUGUUAUGAUUCCCAGAAAAUGAAAUCACUGCAAUAAAUCAGGAUGGUUGUAAAAAUCA